AUGGCGGAGCUAGAGGCGGAUGUUGGGCGGGUCACAUCCUCUGCUCAGAGUCCCAGCUGCUCCACUAAAGCUCAGGCCACCUCAUUUUUCAAGAAAAAAUACUUUUACUCCCAGCUGUUCCUGUUCCUGCUUUUGCAGCUGUUGUUUACUCUGAGCCUUCUCUCAUAUUGGUACCUGCCUUGUCAGCCUCUGCAGAACUCUUGCUUCUCUGGGCAGUUAUCAUCAUCCAUAACCUCUGUGAUCACCAUCCUGGUGUGGACAUGGCCUUUCAAUAAAACGCCUGAGUCCCCUGAAGGAUUCUACUGCUUUGGCUCCUCAGUUGGAGAGCUGAACUGCCAAAUCACAUUGGACCGUAGCUGGUAUGACAGGGCCCAUGCGGUCAUCAUCCAUCACCCCGAUGUGAGCAGCAACCCCUUCAGACAGCUGCCUACUGAACCACGUCCAACUGGCCAGCGCUGGGUUUGGUUCAGCCUUGAGUCACCCAGCCACUUGAAAAAUCUGGAUGCUAUGGAUGGCCUCUUCAAUCUGACCAUGAGCUACCGAAGUGAUUCAGACAUUUUCACCCCUUAUGGGUGGCUCAAACCACGGGAAGGAGAGAGGAACAAUUCCUUAAUUAGACCCCCCUUUCCCAAGACUAAGCUGGUGGCCUGGGUGGUAAGUAAUUGGAAGAAAGACUCCAUACGAAUGGAAUACUUCCGGAAACUAGAGCCCUAUCUCUCUGUGGACAUCUAUGGUAAACAUCACAUACCAUUACCAACCAAGAAACAGCAGAUCAUCCUCUCCAAGUACAAGUUCUAUUUGGCCUUUGAGAACUCUCUACACCAAGACUACAUCACAGAGAAGCUUUGGCGAAAUGCCUUGAAAGCCUGGGCUAUUCCUAUAGUGUAUGGUCCACCAAGGCACAACUAUGAGCGCUUCUUGCCAUCUGAUGCCUUUAUCCAUGUGGAUGACUUCAAGAAGCCCCAAGAGCUAGCCACCUACAUAAUGAAGCUGAAUACAGAUGAGAAAGGCUACCUGGCAUACUUCCAGUGGCGGGAGCACCUGGAGGUGGUGAUCAGGAUGGGCUGGCACCAGGAGUUCUGUAAGGCAUGCCGAAUCCUCCAAGAGUCACCCACUUACCGGACUCUGCCAAUGCUAUCCAGAUGGUUCACCUGA